AUGGUUGCUACCAACUCUAACUCAAUUUCUCAUCCUAUUCGAGUGAACUUUUUUGGACAAGCUGGAGUCGAGCCCAAUUGUGUCUAUACAAUGACUUGCAAGUUGAUCGGUACCAACGACAAUCAGGACGAUCACCUCCACUUUGAAAAUUCAGCCCGAAUUGAUCUUGGCGACGUUGCACGAUUCGGCGAGUCUUUCGCUGAGGAUCUCAUGGACAAAACAGUCAUGAUCGCGCUAGGAUAUGUAACCGCCCGUGAGACUGUCAAGGAUCCACUUUACAAAGGCAAAUCCACCGUUGUGAUCUCGCUCCAGUCACAAGACUAUGACCCAAUUACGAAAAUUCCUGUUACGUUCUACACCAAACACUAUAUUCCUCCUGUUCGUAAUAUGGAGAAGGCACAAAAUAUUUGCCAAGUUGGACGAGAAGUCCAAUUAGUCGGGGCCAUCAAGGAUUAUGAUGGCGACCGUUUUAUGUGGGAAACCGAGGUGACCGCGAUCAGUCGAUGCACCGGCGACGCCCCCAGCUUAAUCGACAAAGGCGUGAAUAAGCCUGGGACUCCCAAAGGUGGACGUGUACCAUUGACCCUGCAAAGAAACAAGGCCAGUACUAUUGCUAGCACAUCGGCUUCCACGCUCGAUGCCGCUCCCAGCAGCUCUCCGUUGGCUCCCCUGAAACCGGCGGACAAUAUUGAAAACGUGGUUCCCGACAUCGAGAAGGACGAAAACACUGUCGAUUUGGAAACCCCCAAUAACUCUUCACCCUUGAAACGCCGCCGAAAUUAG